AUGAUGGAUAGUGGCACGAUUUCUUUACCAUCUCCAUUUCAUGGCAGUGCUCAAACUCUUCUUUAUUGUCGGUCUUUAAAAACUUCUUCAUCAAUAUCUGGAUCAGAUCUUUCGCAAAUAUUAGUCUUUUUACCACGGCUUCGCCGAUUGGCUACUGCUGGUGGUUUAGAUCAGUUGGCUGCUUUUGCAAAUUUUCAAUCAUCUACUGUUAUUCAAUUAAACGUUUUAGAUUGGACGCCUGCAAGUAUUGAUUUAUUAUCAGAAAAUAAUUUUCCUGCUCUUCAAUUCUUAUCAAUUAACCUUGACCAAGCGACAAUUAUUGACGAAGUGACAAUUGUACAACGAAUUAUAGAAAAAAGUUUUGAUACUAUAUCAACUUUAAUUAAUCUACACUAUUCAAAUACAAUGACAAAUCAAGAUUUCACUUCAAGCAUUAACUCAAAUCGAUAUUUACAUUUUUAUAAUGUUCACAUUGAGAAAAGGCGAAUAAUUAUUUGGAAAUAA